AUGAGUGUCUCCCGUGAUGUCCACCAAACCAGCACCGAACUCAAAAAGUUUCGUCAUCCAUCUUCCACAACACGAAUCGUCCCAAUCGACACACGCGUAUCAAUCAGUUCAGACGGACCUCAAUUCAAAGCGAGAGCAUCUGCAGUCGAAUGGACAAAUGACAAUGAAGGAAGUAUUUCUGCAGCAAGAGUCGGUGGAAACAUUGGGUUAUCUCUUGACGGAGUGAAGGCCGGGUUCGAGGGAAAAGCAGUGUGGGCUGAGCAGAACUUGGGACCAGUGAACGUCGGAGCCGGAUUGAAUGUGGAUACUGGAAUGAAAUGGAGUGGUGAUGGAAUGAAAGCGAGUGUUUUGGGAUGGGGAUUGCAAGCAGACAACAAUGGAGUGGGUAUCAAGACUCCGUUCUGUAACAUCACAUUCAAUUAG